ACGCACACUUGUGUUUCCUGUUUACGGGCGGGAAGAGCGAACGAACUGAACCCCUCAUCAUCCUAUAUUCCGAAGAGUGCUAAUGCUGUACUCGUACACUCUCUAGGACUGCUGUUUUCUCAGUAUACUGAGGUGGCAUAUUUGGAUUAUUUUCUAUUUUACUCUUUAUGCGGAGAUUUACAACUUGGUUUCGAAUUCCCCGCUGACUGAAGUUUAAAGGGAUUUAGCCUGCAAAGCAGAUGGAGGACCCUGCAGACUCAGGCGGCGGUGGUGCAGCAGCUUCAGAGGGCCCCACGAUGCGAGUGACGGAGAUCCGCUGCCCAACAGGAGCCUGUCCUUUACGGUUACUAGAAUGGAAAGUUAAACCCGGAUCCUUUGUCAAUGUAGAUUCUGUGCUUGCACUGUGCGCCCCUAUUCGACCGGUGGAAGAGUCUGAAUCAGAGACACGGGAACAGACGAACAGGCUGCCUGAAAAGAAGGUGAAAUCGGAUCGUGCAGGAGUAGUAAAGGAGCUGUGCUGUCAACUUGGACAGGUCAUAUCUCCUGGUGGGGUCAUUGCACGAAUAGAGGAAUGCAGUCAUCCAAUUGUGAUGAAGGGCCUUUGUGCCGAAUGUGGAAAAGAUCUUGCACAGCUGCAGAACAAGAAUGGGAGGCAGCAAGCGCCCAUCUCUACAGCAAACGUCUCCAUGGUGCACAGCGUUCCGGAGUUGAUGGUCAGCUCAGAGCAAGCAGAGCUCUUGGGCCGGGAGGACCAGCAGCGGCUGCAUCGGAACAGGAAGCUGGUGUUGAUGGUGGACCUGGACCAGACGCUCAUCCACACCACCGAACAGCACUGCCGACGCCUGUCCAAUAAGGGAAUCUUCCACUUUCAGCUGGGUCGCGGUGAGCCCAUGCUCCAUACCCGCUUGCGGCCGCACUGCAAGGACUUCCUGGAGAAGAUUGCCAAGCUCUACGAACUUCAUGUGUUUACCUUUGGCAGCAGGCUAUAUGCCCAUACCAUUGCAGGGUUUUUGGAUCCGGAAAAGAAACUCUUCUCUCACCGCAUCUUGUCCAGGGAUGAGUGCAUUGACCCAUUUUCCAAGACGGGAAACUUAAGGAACCUGUUCCCCUCGGGCGACUCCAUGGUGUGCAUUAUCGACGACCGGGAGGACGUGUGGAAAUAUGCUCCUAACCUGGUGACUGUAAAGAAGUACGUCUACUUCCAGGGGACGGGCGACAUCAAUGCACCACCAGGGUCUCGGGAGGCAGCCCGGAAAGGUGCUCAGGCCUGCAAGGCAGCAGAUAGCACAGAACCCUCAGACCCGUUCACGGCGUCAGAGGAGCAGAGCAACGGCCUCAGGAAACGAGUACGCGACCGGCACGCACAACCACCGGCCCCGGCUUCCGCCACUCAGGGAGCGACAGCCAAUGACAGGACUCAGCCCGACAAGGAGGGGGCGGGACAGGCAGAGGGCGAGGCCACAUCACGGGUCAGCAGCGAAGGGACUUCGACGAACGCAGAGGAAACGGAAAAGAACACCAGCAGCAGUAGUAGCAGUGCUCAGGAGGCCCAGCGGCCGGAUGAGGAACCGUCGUCUGAACCGAAAGAGCCGGAGCCAAGGAACGCAAGUUCAGAGGAACCGUCGUCUGAACCGAAAGAGCCGGAGCCAAGGAACGCAAGUUCAGAGGAACCGUCGUCUGAACCAAAAGAGCCGGAGCCAAGGAACGCAAGUUCAGAGGAACCGUCGUCUGAACCGAAAGAGCCAGAGCCGACAAACGCGAGUUCAGAGAACGCGCAGAGCCACGCGGGCCUGAACGACCUGGACUUCAACUUGUCCAGUGACAGCGACGACAGCCAAUCGGAGGCUAAGGACAGGAGCAGCCCUCCCCCAGCCCAGCCCACGUCUAAGAACGAGGAAGGCGACGCUUCGGUCAGCAGGGAAGAGGGCGAUCCUGCAACUGUAGAGAAGACGAUGGAAGAAAGCAGGGAUCACAACACGCAGAAAGAGCUUGGGAACGGGGACAGUAUGGAGAUCGCCGAUAAAGAGCCGAAGCCCAGCGAAGCAACAGCAGGAGGGGAAAGGUCAGCGGAACGUGGCCCAGACGACCCCGUUGACGACGACGAGGACAUGGCAGAUGAAGAAGACGAGGAAGAUGAGGAGGACGAAGAAGAAGAUGAGGAGGAGGAAGACCGCGACCACGACGACCAUCUCAUCUACCUGGAGGAAGUGCUGACGAGGGUCCACCGCGAGUACUACACCCGCUACGAUGCCUACCUGCACCAAGGUGGGAGCGGCAACUCGUCCGCCACCCCUGAGGCCGCCAGCGAGCCGCCCGACAUGCGCAGGAUCGUGCCCGAACUGAAGGGGCGCGUGCUGGUGGGCACCACGUUGGUCUUCAGCGGCAUCUGCCCCACCAACUACCCCAUGGAGCGCACGCGGGAGUUCUACCACGCCAAGGCGCUGGGGGCGCACGUGGCCAAGAGCCUGGUGCUCAACGCCAAGGACCCUGAGUGCACCACGCACCUCAUCGCUGCCCGAGCAGGUACAGAUAAGGUGCGGCAGGCGAUGCGCUACAAACACCUGUACGUGGUGAAUCCUGAUUGGCUGUGGGGUUGCCUGGAGCGCUGGGAGAAGGUGGAGGAGCAGCUCUACCCCCUCAAGGAAGACUACAGCAAAGCGCCCAGGAGUAACAGUCCAGCGUUCUUCCCCGACGCCCUCUGUGCGCCCCCUCUCCACCCAGCCCCCCAACAAGACCCCACCCCACGACCGCCACCCCCGGAGGUGCGCACCUACGACCCCGUCACUGGCAAGCUUAUCCGCAGGGGCCCCCAGGUGCACCACCCGCCCUCCUUCCCCCACCACCACCACCACCAACACCACCCGGGGCAGUCAGGCGUCCCCCAGCCGGAGCCCAAACCCCGGCCGCCCCCGCCGGAGGUGCGCACGUACGACCCUGUCACGGGCAAGCUCAUCCGGAGAGGCCCUCAGGCGUCCAGACACUCUUCCUACGGCCAGGCACCGGGGCCGUCCACAUCGCGGUCGUCUUUCAGCGCGGGGGGGCAGCAGCAGCAGGAUGACGAGCAGCCAGGGCCUUCCCGACGGGACCGGCAGCCCAGCAUGUCCGAAACCAACCCCCUGUACACGUUCUGUAAGGAGGACCUGGACCUCAUGGACAAAGAGGUUGAUGACAUGCUGGGCGAGGAGAGUGAUAACGAGAGUGACGAGCAGGGAAAGGAGGACGAGAAGAUGGAGGUGGGCGACGGCGGCGGCGGCGGUGGUGGUGGUGGUGAUGAAGAUGAGGACGAAGGGCCAGAGGAGAGACCUCAGACAAGCCAGCAGAGUUUGGCAGUUAAGCACCAGCAGCAAAUCCCAGGCCCCAGCGCCAGGGAGGAGGGGAGCCAGACGCAACCCAGCGAUGGAGACAGUCUGUCGGGCAGCGAGCCAAGGGGUCAGAAACGCAAGCUGGGGGAGGCCAGAGACGAGCGAGAGAAGGAGGAAGAGAAGGAGGAUGUGGCCGCUGGAGAGGACACGGCGCUCUCGGACAGCCAAUCCAGCAGGGACUCCAACGAGGAGGGCAGCAGCUCGGAGGCGGACGAGAUGGCCGCCGCCCUGGAGGCUGAGCUCAACGACUUCAUGUGAGGCAGAGGACUCUAAACCAAGCACUCGUCCUCCCUGAUGCUCCCCAAAGCCCUCGACAAACUGCACUGCCCUGACAUGUGGUACCUAAAACAGGGGAACUUCUUUUGUGUGUAUGUGUGUGGGUGAGUGUGUGUGAUACAGUGUGCGUACAUACAAUGUGUAAACAUGACAAAGAUGAAGAAUAAUAAUGAAGAUUUUUUGUUUGUACAGUAUAUAGUUCCUUAGCAUAAUAUUUUAGGUGGGGUUGUAUAAGCUGUUGACGAACACGUUAAAGGUGUUUCUGUGGUGAAAAUAGAAGUGGUAAUUUUGAAAAUGUUUAACUUUUACCUGAGUUUGUUUUUUCCUAUGAUCUUUUAUACAAAUUCAAUUUAAAAAUAGCUAAAUAUAAAAUUAAUUGGUUCAUAAAUGCCAAAGAGCCUGGAAAAGGUCCAUUUGGACCAGCAGCUAAAAUCCAUGUUUUACACAGACUUCCUGUUCCUGUGUCCAGUUUCUUUUUUAGGAUUGAUUGUUCUUUACCAGCAGUAAAUCUCUUGACGCCUGAAUGUGACCUGUUUGAUUUUUGCUUUCAUUUCUGAUCCUCGGUUCUUCAUUUCGGUUUUCUAUCGAACCUUUGAACUUGGGGGAAUGAUUCUCACAGAAUGGACCCACCCUCUAAAGAUCACAAUGUCAAGGGUCUAUCUUAAUGGGCUGUGUGUGUGUGUUGGUGUGUGUAUAUAUGUGUGUGUGUGUGUGUUGUGUCUUCACUCUGUUCACUCUGAGGGGAAUGAGAAAGAAACUGACCCUUUUCCAGGACCAGACGAAAUAGAUCACAGGACAGCAGGUGUUCUCAGACAGUCUGGGCCUUGGGCCUGUCUUUGAUACCAUCAGCCUUUACGCAGACACAUGGUUCAGUUUUAAUGACAGAAAUGAGAAUUAUUGGAACAGUCUUUGCAGUGGAGAAUUCUAACUAAACCUCCAGAGGGAAGUUAAGUAUGUAAGUGGAGUGUCUACUAAAGUGGGGUUCUCACAAUUCUCCAGUCAUGUAGAUGUUCAGAUUUUGUCAACAUUAGCAAUUAACCAUGUUUAUUUUUCAUCAUUUUACUUUACUUUGUAUCCAUUAGAUGUUUCCCAAAUUGAGUCCCAGUGUACUGAACCCCACAAUUUACAAGACAGCCAUGACUAAAUAGACUCAAAAGAAACCAGUACAAAUUAUAAAUGUGAAGGUUUCUUGACCCAAGAUGCCGACAGAUUCACUUCACACAUUCAUUGAUGGAAAUUGAGGUGCUCUGACGAGCUCAAGUCACUUUUUGGUCUUAACCACCUUUACUACAGUCACACAAAUAUUUCUGUUAAAAAAACAACAUAUUUUCAUCAUAUGCAUUUUGUUUUGUGUGUCAUGAUACAAGCUUCACCCCAGUUCAAGAUGUAUAUUCCCUUAUGGUGAUGGAAAUGAUUGACUUCCCCAGUGAAGACGAGCGUAUGGUGACCUGAGCUCUGGGUGAGAGCACAGACUUCUAGGUCAUGGGUAGCAGACAAGGCUGAGAUGCUGAUUGGUUGGCUGUAGCACUGUGAAUCGGGAUUGGCGCCCAAGCCCUGUCCCUCCCCCUUUCCUCUGUAACUGAAGUCUGCCCAGGUGGACAGUCAUCAGUACUGAAAGCUCUGCAUUGUGUUUUCUGAUGUUCUGAUCCCUGUCAUUUUAGUUUUGUGCUGUUGUUUUUAUUUUUCAAACAAAAGACUGAUGUAAAAUAUUUGUACAUUCUAUUUCAUACUUGACCUGACCGAAAGAAGACAAAGAAAAAAAAAGAUUCAUUUCAUUAAAUAAAAAUUUGUUUUGUAA